UAGAACUACAAUCAUCAUCAUCAAUGGCAGGCCAGCCAAAAGGCAUCGCAAGGCGUCUAUCUCAAGUCUUCGUCGAAAUUCCUUCUUCCGCGUUGCAUAAGCCUAGUAUACCAGCUUCUAGCGACCCCACGCGCACUGUGUCCAACCGCAAAGAAAACGCAUUGCGUGCAUCCAUAUCUCAAAACACCAUGAGCAAAUCGUCCAAACGCAAAACAGACGAAACCCUCGACAAGCCAGCAAAGAGGUCAAAACUUGAAACUACAGUUAUCAAGCCAACCACUGCGCGCCGUCCCCUCCCGAACGCUACCUCCGACUUCCCAAACGGCUUUGUUUAUUGUCAUCAAUGUAGCCAGAAGCGUGACGCAGCUCUUGCCGUCCAGUGCACACGCGAAGACACGAAAUCUAAGCGGCAGUGCAACACCAAGUACUGCGGCCCCUGUCUCAAAAAUCGCUAUGGACUCGUGCUUCAGGGCAUCUUGUCCACCAGUAUUGUCCCAGCAGCCGAGAAAAAACGACAUGCAUCUAGCGAGGGGUACUUUUUCAAGUGCCCUCGAUGCGAGGAGACCUGUAAUUGCGUUCGCUGCAGAAAGGCAAAGGGCCUUCAGUCCACGGGGCAUGGAAAUCUCACUGUUGCAACGCGUAAAUCAGGGCUCCAGUCAGCCGCAGACCUUCUCCUGCAAGAUCCAGCUGCGGCCGGCCCAAUAGCAGGUAAACCUGUCGCUGAGAAGAAGUCGAGAACAGUCAAAUCCACGCUCCAGCAAACUGCAAGUGCAACUAGUCGCUCCAAGUCUAGAUCCACCAAGAAUCCCGCGCAUAUAUCUACUUCUGCACCAGUUCCAACCCAGAGACCCCUUCCCAAAGCUCUCUGGACACCGGUCCGCACUCAUCUCUCUCUGCAGGGAGCAGAAGCCCGCAUCUAUAUCCGUGAAUUUGCACUUCGUUUCCUCCCUCUGUCACGUUCACACCACGAUGAACUCGAGGUUCUCUCCCGCUCUCGACGAGAUUUUGACGACGAUGGGGAGGAUGGUGAUUUAGAACCUUGGGUCUCAGAGGGGUGCAUGAAAGCACUACUAAUUGCAUUGUUAGGCAUGAUAGAAGUAGACGUCAAGAUCCUCUCCACAACAGCCAACGCGCUCCAUCAGCAGGUGUUCCUCUUCAAGAUUGUUAAUACUCUAAGCACCUUGAGCACACUCCCUUCCCUUGCUCUGCCAUCUCCCACCCCUGCCCCUGAGCACCUCCUUCAGAACGCGCCGAUCAUUAGAACCCGUUCCGCCCGCACUUCGUCUCAUACCAAAGAAAUGGGCAAGGAGACAGACUGGCCCGAAGUAGUCCGCACCUCACAACUCGUACCUGCUGUCAGUGUCCUCGUAGACCAUGCAUUACAAGGAAAGGCAGUCAGGGAUGCAUUAGAGGAAGGCGCCAAAGAUGCGAAAGAAUUAACGAGGCAAAGUUUAGAAAUGAAGAAAGCUUUUGAUCGGGCUGAAAAAGAGAGAAAGGAAAAGGAAAAGGCGGAGAUGGAGCAGAAGACCAAGGAUAUGAAGGCGCAGGUCAAAGACAAGAAGGCGAAGGGGAAAGGAGGCGGUGCCAAGGAGAAGGAAAAGGAGAAAGACGGCGUCAAUGUCCAGGAGAAAGGGAAGGCUGCAAAGGACCUAGAGGACACACCAACGCAUACACUGACCCCCCAGACGGCCCUGGCCCUUGCUUUAUCCUCCUGCGCCCAGCGCAUCAUACCACUAGGUCGGGACUCGGAAGGCAGGGUAUACUGGGCUCUGACGCCAGGACGAGGAGAGAGAGACACUUCACGCGAGUAUCUUACCUCUAAUAUCGAAGUUGGGGAACGGGAUGAAGGUACCAAGACUAAGAGCCAUAAAGCCAAGUCAAGAUCACCGUGGACUCCCCCCUCCCUUUCAGAACGUGCGUCACACAAACGAUGGAGCUGGUUCAUAGCUGUGUGGGGCGUGCGACCAGGCGUCGAAGAGAGAAUAGAUCCGCCAAAGGAUGAUGACUGCUCAGAAGACGAUUUCGAGUCUGAGUCCGACCUUGAUUCUGAAUCGGAUGAGGAUAAAGACAAGCCACAGAAGACGAAGACCGAACGUCCCAGAUGGUACGCCUUCUCAAAUCCUGGAGAAAUCUUUAAGCUUGCGGAGUGGGUCGAGCGGAAAGCUGGACUUGAUUCGCGUUCCAGUUCCUCAAAAAAGUCAAAACUGCGGCUUGCAUCAGCCUUACCUUCUCGUACAGCAUCCGCAUCGACGUCCCAUGCGGUCUCCUCUUCAAACACCCACACGUCAACAUCUACUUUAACUCCAGCUUCAUCAUUCCAUUCGUCCUCCAAUAAACUUAGCAAAGGCUCGAAAUUUGCUGCUUCGCUCUUAGCUGAUGAGGAAAUGGUUUCGUCGUCCGAGGCCGACGAGUCUGAGUCCAGCAAUGAAGACCAGAGCGGGGAUGGUGGUGACAAGCGGGGUGAUGACAUGGAUGUGGAUUCACCCAUAGACUUCGAUGACACGCCCCGUACGCCCCAGCUCCAGUCCCUCAUCCGUGAACUUCGGGCGUAUGCUGUGCUAUUGAAGAAACGAGCGUAGGCAUAGCCUGGGGCGUUUUCUUGGACUUUGCACACUGCGCACGCACUGUUUCGCCUGCCUGACUUGCACAACCACCGUCGCUUCAUCUCCCUCCUAACAUGCUUCGUUCAUCUCCGUCCUAUAAGUGGUCGGCGUCUUACCUUUACCUUACAGCUACUUAAUCGACUCUUCAUGGCCUUGCUCAACCAUUUGUCCCCAUUCCUCGUAUCUUACAAUAUUCCGCAUCUGGUACCCUCUUUCCACCGCUUAUCGUCUUUUAGUUAUCUUUGUAUCACCUCGCAUAGACAGCGGUAUACCUGAUUAUAGUUUACAUUGCAGAGACUUGGGGGUGUUGAUCGGUAGACUCAAUUUUUUCUGUUCACGUUUACAUAGACAUAGAAUAUCAAUAGCUAUCCUGGUAGUGUCGAGUGUCGUUGACGUAUAAUACCUUGCUUGGG